CCAGUCCAUACACUCAGCUCGCCGUCGCGACAAGCCUUCAAGAUGCCGAGCCACAAGAGUUUCCGCACCAAGCAGAAGCUUGCCAAAGCUCAGAAACAGAACCGUCCUAUCCCCCAGUGGAUUCGUCUCCGCACUGGUAACACCAUCAGAUACAACGCCAAGCGGAGGCACUGGCGCAAGACCCGUCUCGGUAUCUAAACUCGAUCAAGCCAACCAACCGACUUCAUCGAUUUCGCCCGAGAUGUCUUUUCUUUAUCCCUGGGAAUGUUUCGUUCAGUUGUGAUACCGCCAACUCUUGUGUGCCUCUCUUGCUCGCGAUGAUUAAAUCUGCAUCAUCCUGAUCUCGUCGACCCCGCCUGCUUUCUGAUCCACACCCUUCAUCUUCUCUCCUUCGGUUUUUGCUCCUGUUUCCCGGCAAGCAUUUUUGAUGUGACAAGCGAAUAUCGGUUCUCGAACUUCGAACGAUAUCUGGGACAGGUCUGGUUGAGGUGCAAGCAGUCGUUCUCGACUGGUUCUGUGAUACGGUUAUGAAAUCAUGCAAUUUAAUUACACGAGCUGAGAAAAACAAAAAUCGAAAACUUAUGAAGGAUAACGAGCAC